AUGGCCAAAUAUCGGAAGGUUUUGUGCUGGAGGAAGGGAGGGGGACAAACGUGGCUACAGGAACACCCAAAUCAAAUCCCAGGAGCCCAGAAGCUCGCGGCCCACGUGCACUUGCUCAGGGACCUAUUGCAGACACCUGACCUCCAUCGAAAUCCUCCCGCUGCACCAUGGGCCAGUCAAUCACCAGUAAAAGCUACAAGUAGUUGCCCAUACCGGUCCUUCGGAUCUGCGAGCCAAGCCCAAGCCGAGGACCCGGUGGCUGCGCGGCGCGGUCCGCUCAGGCCGGACGCCGAGCUGCGGGUGCGGGCGGCGCGCCUCCCGUCGGGGCCAUGGACCGCCGCCGCCCGCGCCGCGCUCGCCGCACUCAGCUCCGGCUGCAGCAAGUGCUCCGGGCGGCCGCCCUUCCACGCAGCCCCGCCCCUCCGCGCCCGGCCCGCCCCCGCCGCCCUCCCCGCGCCUCCGUGCGCGCCGCCGGGAUUGAGCUCUCGUUUGGCGCGGCCGGAGCCACUAACCUUGCGAAGUGCCUCCGCGGGGACGAAGCUCUGGCUGCCGCGCGCCGCGCGCCGCACACCACACAGCACUGCCUCCGGUGCAGCUCCGCGCGCCUGUCCGCUCGCUCCCGCCAGCGUCCCUUCCCGCGCAGCUGCAGCGCGGGAGCCGCAGCGACCACGGCUCGCUCGAAUGUGGUGCAGGGGCCGCCUGCCUAGCCUCGCUUUCGCCGAGUGCGAAAGGGACCCCCCCUCAACCCCCGCCCCCGCUCCGCUGAAGACAGACUUAGACAAAUUUGGAAGCCUUGGUGGCAUCGCCCGACCUCGGGAGCAAGGUCGAACGUUUGCUAGCUAAGCCUGUCAGGUGACUUUCUAAGGCGGGACCAGC